AUGGCCGACGACUCUAAUGAUGAUCACAAAUCUGAGCGCGAAGGCGAUGGCCUUUUGGCUUCAGUAUCGCCGUCGCCAACCAAUCUUGAUGUCAGUAAUUUUCAAUGUUCGCAUCCAGAUUGUGGCAAAUCAUAUGCUUCCAAGCAUGGACUUGACAAUCAUAGUAGAGUCCAUUUUACUGAUAACGAAAAGCCAUUUGCCUGUCCUCAUCCAGGAUGCCUAUCAAGAUAUACAAACAAGAGAGGAGUUACCCGUCACUUCAAUCUCAAACACAAAGACAAAAGUGACUGGUUCAAUUGUCCUACCGCAGAGUGUGAUUCUUCUUUUUUUGACGAAAGACAGCUCAAGUUGCAUCAAAGAGAACAUGGGGUCUUUCGCUGUACUGCAAGACACUGUGCUUAUGAGUAUACCACUGAGCAAGAGUUAUAUGAACAUAGAGAGCGUAACCAUACAACAUCUGACCUAUAUGAAGAUCGUGCUGGUAAACGACCACCAGGAGUAUCCGAAAAAGAAGACUUAUCUGCACAAGUUUCCAGCGGUGAAGAGACCGGAGAUGAGAUCGUUGUUGAUGAAAAGUCAUCACCAGCGAAAUUCUGCGGAGAUGAAGAUAACUUUGAGAAUAGUUCCCCUUUCACAGCGCCUAUACACGGGAAGAGUAGUAGAAGAGGCAUUACAAAUAGAGUCUCGUUGAAACCGGAGGAGUAUCCUGCAAGACCUAACCGCAAAGGCUGGAAAUGUCCCAAACCUGGUUGCACAGUCUGUCGCAAAGUACAAUUUGAUCUUAUUACUCAUUGGCAGGAGGCACACAGUGGCAUACCAGAGCCAGCUCAUUUUGAAUUUGUCCAUGGUCCGAAGUCAUCCGAGAAUACUGCCACACCUAAAUUUGAGGCCAAAGACCAUCGGCUCGGAGGACAGUCCACUUCUGCUCGUCAGCCAGCUCCUCAACCCGACCAAGAAGGAGCAAGUCAAAGCAAUGCCAACGAUGGUACCCAAGGACCAAACUCUCAGCAACGUGGAGGGAAGGAUGCCAAUACUUCAGGAAAUAAGAAUACAAAUAUGAAUGGCUUAAAUGAACCAAAUGCUUCCGCAUCAACCCCUUCUAUCGCUUCUUCUCGUUCUCCUGCUACAACAAAUACUCAGGGUCGCACUCCAAGAUCUAACAAUGGUCCUCCCAUUAUUCCCCCUCCACGUCAUGCACCUAAUACCGCACGUCCAACCACCAACGUCUUGGCUAACUCUCCUGGUAAUCCCUCUAGACCAGAUGAAAGCCCUUCGAUCCGCAAUCCACGUAAGAAGGCAACAAUUGGUCAUCCAACUCAGAGGAUUCAUGCUCGUGCAACGGAAACCCGCCGUAUGAGUCCUCCUCCUGCUAGGAGUAAUCAAGCUACGAAGUCUGGUGUCCCAUUGAUCAAUACUAAAUUGCCUCCCCCAAGAAGAUCUCAAGUCUCUUCCCCCGAUUUUUCCCGUCGCUCCUCUUCUGUGAGCUCUGACGAAGAAGAGGAGGAGGAGGGUCUCUUCGUCUCACCACCCGAAGCCACCAAGAAUCAAACCAAAGGCCCUCGCCGCGUAUUGGGUGUCCGAGGCUUUGCCAAUAUGCCGUUGCCUAGAGAUCAAGAUUCUGAUGAGGAAGAUCUUAGACCAAGCCAUGUCUUGAGACAAGAACGUCGUGCUGCUGCUGGCAAGCCAGCGAAGCCUGACCGUUCCCGAGAAUUUCUUGGUUCGGGUAGGAAAAUCUUCGGUCAACCUAGGAAGAUGGGAGAAUCUACCAGGCCUUUUGCAGCCCGAUCAACUGAUUCAGAUGAUGAUUCGAAUUUCGAGGGCAGCGAAUUGAGUUCAUCAGGUAGCUCUUUUGGAGAAACAGAAACUGCCCGCGCCGAUCGUCGUUCAACGAACCAUGUCAGCGCACGUGCUUCCAACUCCGUUCCUCGUCGCCCCUCUAUCAACGACAGAGAUCCUCCCAGAACCCCUUCUCCUGAUCUCCCUAGAUAUCAAGCUUAUGAAGUUUAUGGCCCCGACCUCGACUCUCCACCCCCAUCCUACCUCGUCAAAUCUCCUGGUGUUAUCGACCGCACUCUUACAUACCCCAGUCGUCCAGACGACAAGACACUCCCUGAUGUUGCUGCAGUUCAACCCGACGACCUCUUCGAUGCCGAUGACAUCUUCUUCAGCUUCAAAGACAUGAAUCCACACGAAAGAGGGGUACAAGACCGUCUGGAUGCAGAGAAAGAAGCUCUGAGAGCAAAUGCAUACGGCUCCGGAUUUCGCGCUCCAUUGCAUUUUGAUCAUUGUCCCUACACAGCUCCGAUCUGUCGUGCUGAGCAGCCAGCUUGGAUCGCGGAGAGAUUGCGUCUUGAUAUUGCGGAAGCUCGGGGUGAUGAAUCUGAAGAUUCUGAGACACAGCUAGGGAUAGAUCGUGAUGAUGAUCGUCGCUCUGGUGUUGACGUAGAAUUGACUGGUACCGGUACUUCUGCUUUAUCAUCAAAGAAGAAGAAAGCCACCUGCUCCGGUCCGAUUCGCGAAAAGAGAAAGUAUAAUUGGCGUGAUCCAGUUAGGAAGAAUAAGCGUCGCAGGGGUAGUUUUCCUGGCAGUGCAUCUCGUCGUUCCAGUAAUCGCCGUUCCAGUGGAAACUCUCAAAUUGAUGGUGCCGACGAACAGGAAGAGUCUGGUGAAUUGGUUCAUCCGGGUGCUUUAGCUGCUGAAGAUGGCGUUGUAGUUCCUGGUCCUGUUGAUCGUGCUUCCGCUGCCCCUUCUGUUGGCUCGGAUAACUUGAUUGCUUCGGGUGCUCCCGCUGCUGCAGUUGGUAAUGCUGAGAACAAGAUUGUCCUUAGUGAUGGAUAA